AUGCGCCCCCGCCGGAUCCGUUAUCCGCAAUUUCGGCGCGGGCGUGACGGUCAAGUUCGAGGAGUCACGGCCGCGAGCGGCGGGAAGAAGUUUGUCGGGCUGGACUUUAUCAACUACGACUACGCGUUCGCCGGGGCCUGGGGGUGGGACACCAACACGAGGAACGUGACCAUCGGCGUCAACGGAGGGAAGCAGAAGCGGUGGGCUUUGCCGUUGGCGGGGAAUGACUGGUUCGAGGCUGGAAGGGUCAUGGUUGAGCUGGAUGGCUUUGAGGCGGGCAGCGGGAAUAGUGUGGUGUUUGGGACGGUGCCGGGGAAACAUGGGGCCCGGAUUUAG